CUAAAACGCCAGGUAAAAAUCCCUAGAGUUGCUAGCGAGCAAAUUCGUAGGAAGGUAAAGUUUUUGUAAUAAUGGCUUCUUUAUGGAAAAAAUUAGGCGGUGGGUGGUGAAAAAACUCGCGAUUUGUGACCGCCCGUGAGACUGACGGGUCCGCGUUAAAAGUGCGAAACGUUUUGAGCGGAAAUUCGCCCAUUUUCGCCGCGUUUCACACAAUUUCCAGUCAGGUGUUUGCUGCAGGAGCAGGAAGAAUGGACACAGCUCAAAAACAUCAGGACCCUUUGUAGCUGAACAAGGAGUUUUUAUUUUUUUGCCCUCUUAAGUAAAUUACGCAAUUUCACCUGUUUUGGAUCAAAUAGCAUGGAUCUAAAUUAAAGUACUUCAUCGAACGUCUUCAUCAACCAUAAGAUGGCGCGCAAAGGAGAUACAAUCCGCACCAUUAACGUGUCAAUUGUGGGCCUGUCGGGGGUGGAAAAAGACAAAGGACACGCAGGCGCCGGCAAGUCUUGCCUUUGCAAUCGCUUCAUUAGGCCCCACGCCGAAGAUUAUAACAUCGACCACAUUUCUGUACUGAGUCAAUCGGAUUUCAGCGGCAGAGUGGUCAAUAACGAUCAUUUUCUCUAUUGGGGUGAAGCAAUUAAGACAUUAGAUGACGGGACGGAUUAUCAGUUUAGUAUUGUGGAGCAAACGGAGUUUAUCGACGAUGCCAGUUUCCAGCCUUUCAAAGGGGGUAAAAUGGAACCUUACGUUAAACGCUGCACGGCGACAAAAUUAUCUUCUGCAGAAAAACUUAUGUACAUUUGCAAAAAUCAACUUGGUAUUGAGAAAGAAUACGAACAAAGAAUCCUUCCAGACGGUAGAAUGAGCAUAGACGGUUUUAUUUGUAUAUUUGAUGUUAGUGUAGUGCCGAGCAGGAGUAUCGAGAAGCAAGUUGACUUUUGUGCAGCAAUCUUAAACAAUAUUGUCAAAACUAAGAAGCCGGUAGUGAUGAUCACUACAAAAAACGACGAGGCCAACGAUAUGUACGUCCGCGAAGCACACAAAUUGGUCCAAAGGAGCGAGUACAAAGGAAACAUUCCUUUAAUAGAAAGUUCCGCGCAUGAAAAUGUCAAUAUAGAUUUAGGUUUUAUACUGCUGGCGCAGAUAAUUGAAAAAACUAAGGUUCGACUCAAGAUCCCCUCUUAUUCCGAAGCAGCUUUAGCUAGAAAAGAAAUAAUGGAUGCCGCUAGCGACUCUUUUAUGCGCCUCAUUAGGGUACACGUCACCGAUUGCCACGCCCUUUGGUCACAGACCCAAAAGAAACUUAAUAACCACAAAGAAUGGAUCAACUUCGUUCAGUUAUUUGGCCUAGAUGGCACGCAACGACUAUUUAAGCGCCAUAUCAAAAAGUUAAAAGACGAAAACACGGCAAAACAGGUCGCCAAGUACAUGGAAAUGCUGCCAGACGUCUUCCAUGACAUAUUCCCCGGUUAUAAUACGAUUCAGGACACUGAUUGGCCAAGUAUUCAAAAGUAUAUCAAAAACCAUCCAAAUUUUACACAAUAUUUCUUUGAAAGACCCGAAGAUAUGCCUUGGUCUGAAUGCGUGGGUUCGGACAGUGAUGAAACUAGAAUACCGUUCGAUGUUUUGAACACCAGCGAAGCAGAGACCGUCUUUAAAAAUCAUAUAAACGUUUUGCAACAAGAACAGAAACGUUUAGAGUAUAAAAAGCAGUUUAAGCAACUAUUAGAAGAUACAGGUUAUGUCACCCCUGGGAAACAUUUGAGUGAGGUGCGAGUGCUAUUUAUGGGCAGGGAAUGUUUCGAAACUUUAUCAGAGCACGACUGUCAGCAAAUAUAUGAUUCACACCAGAGGGAGCUCAUCGAACAUGCCAAACAUAAUUUCCAAGAGCUCCUACUUGAACAUGCCGAUCUGUUUUAUCAUUUUAAAAGCAUCGCCCCUACGGGCACCAUCACCCAAGAUGACAUUAAAGAAAUCACCGAUACGUUGCAGGAAGAUUUUAGAUAUAAAAUAUUAGAUAGGUUGGAUCAGGACAGGAAACUUACGCUGUUUCAGCAUUUAGGGUUCAUCCAUUACCCCAUCAGGGAGCAUUGUCCGGCCUUUCCAAACUGCAUGGAUUCUCUGAUAGAAAGAAUUCUGGCCACUAAGGCGCAUAGACCUUCGUCCUGGAACCACAGCAGCCAGUGGCUAAUGGGCUCCGAUAAUAAUCAAUUAAAUUUGUUAAUUUUGGGCUUCAAUAAUUUAGCCGAUAACCUUGCGGCAAAAAUAAGAGCCCAGUGCGACGACGACGAGUACGAAAUCGAUUGUCACUUUUACAGUUUGGAUUAUAGGAUUAUUAGCGGCGACGUGAGUUUGCCUCACAACUCUUUUAGGACCUCAGAUUUCGUGCCUCACGGUUCUUUUUGUGUUUACUCGAACGCAGAGUCUUUUGAGUAUAUUAGGGAGAGUUUGGAGAAGAAACUGCUGUCAAAUUUAGAGCAAGACGAUAAGCUUCCUUUUCAAGGCUUACCAAUCGUUUUAAUGUAUUUGCAAGAUCCCGGGACUGACGAAAAGGAAGUUUUGAGGCUAAAAGAAGAUGGGCAGAGCUUAGCAGACUCGCUGCAGUGUCCUUUUAUGGACGUUUCGUUGGACCAAACUAGUGAGGAGCAGCUAGUUUCGGAUGCUUUGCAUCAACUGAUGCAAUGCAUCCAACACAGAGCGGGUUUUAUGAACAUAAACCAGUCGGUUAUAGAGUGCGUGGAACCUGAUAUAAGGGUCAUUAUGUGCAUGUUUUGCGGGGAUCCUUACUCUGUAGAAAACGUUUUAUCGCCUCUAUUAAACCACCAGUUUUGCUUUCUCUCGUCACCUCAUAGCGUAAUUUUAGAAACGUUUCUGGGAGAUUCUAAACGGAAAGUCGAAGUAAUAGUUUCAUCAUUCCAUGGCGCCAAUGCAUUCCGUGACGAGUUAGUCCACGGGUUCAUUCUCGUCUAUUCCACGAAGAGAAAAGCCUCGCUCGCCACCCUUAACGCUUUCUCAAUGAACAUUCCCAACUUGCCGAUUCAGAUACUGGCCGUUACGGAUUCUGGAAGCGCAACAGCGUUCUUUAACGACGACAUGAGUCAGAUGCUAAUCACUGAAGGGAAUGCGACCGCUGAUAGACUCGGAGCACAUUUCAUGACCUCCUCUGCUGCCAUGCAACCCAAAACCGCAUUCUUCACGCCGUUCUUUAAGGAAGUGUGGGAGAAGAAACCGGAAAUUGAGCAAGCGUUUCAUAUGGAGGAACCCUCGGGAUUGGACAGCGGAGAAGGAACCUUGGAAAGAUCAAGGUCCAUCGGAAGACACGGUCCCAUGCCCCCUCCCAGAAACGAAAGUUACUAUCUUAAAUUGGGUAAUGAGGGGAGCGAAAGUGAGAAUUUCGAUCUGAGCGGUCCGGAUGAUAAGCUAAGUUCGAGCGAUCACAGCGAUCGGUUUUCAAGCAUCUACAUGUACGGAAGCGAGGGUUCGAUGGGUAAAAAACGACACAACCAUUCCGGGUUGCAGGUUUACCCGCCACCGGCCACUCCUCCCGAGCCCGCCCCACCUGACAAUAUCGGCUCCAGAUAUUCCAAAAAGUCCCUCAUGUCAUCGCAAACGAGUUUGGAAGAUGUCACAUACGGAGAUCCCCCAAUGUCAAUACCAGGCAGCGCGUGGAGCAACUAUCAACAGCACGCCUUCACUACUGGCAGAAGACAUAUUCCGCUAUCGAAAUCUCGUUCCAAAGGCAUCUCCCAAACUCUCAAACAACCCGGAAAGCUUAACAUGAAGAAUUACUCAGCUGUGACAGAAGCCAUUGCAAGGAUGAACAUGAACGACGCGAAUUUCGGCAACGCCCCUCUUGCCACCCCCGAGCCGGUAGAUUUAGGAUGCGAAUACGCCCAAGUGAAGGAUAUGGUACACAACAUGUAUCCACCCGAGUCCGAGUAUAUGUACACUUUGGUGCAGGACGCCAUCAGUGGAAAAAGUAAACUUAGACAAAGACGGGAGAAGGGACAACCGACUUAUUCGGACACGGAUAGCGAGUGGUCGAGCCUAGAGCGUCGACAAAGAGCCAGCGAGGUUUAUUCGAAAGUAAACAGAAAGGGAGGCACGCAUAAAAGACAGAGAAAGAAACGCACUGCAAUACCGGUACAACCCCCAAGGGUGCCGCUAGGAGCGUUCACUAUGCCCUCCAUGCAUUCCCCUUCGAUAGAAGGUGAUGAUAAAGCAAACCUCCCGACCGAGUCUAAUUCAGACUCGUCAGAAGCCAGUGAACCGGAAAUACCGUUUGCGUCGGCCAAUAUCAGCGAUAUCCGUAUGAAAUUCGCGCAGAAAAGAAGCCAAAGCUUAAAGAAACGGAUGCACGACUUGCCAAACGCCCAUAACUUCAACAUGCUUAACUCGUUGGAUCUGUACACGGGACAGGGUAACCCGUACGCCCUUAUGCACGACGAUGAAUCGAGCCUGGACGUUUCAUCUCCGCGAGAUAAUAAUUCUCCGAUGUUUGGGGUGUUUCCAAGGACGAAAGAGACUGAUAUAGAAAAACUGUUGAAAAAACGCGAGAAACAGAAAGCAAAGGAUGAUUCCAAGUUGGAGAAGAGGCGACUUAAGGAGGAAAAACUGAGAAAAGUUGCUGAAGAAAAGGAUAGAAAGAAACAGCAAAAAACUAGCAAGAAGGCCGCUGUACUGCCCAGUGGCGUGCCAUCGAAGUUAACCGAUUACAUUCAAGGGGAUAAGAACUACAUUCCGAUCUUUAUGGAAAAAUGCGUCAAGUUUAUCGAAGCGGAAGGCUUAGACUCCGAGGGUAUCUACAGGGUACCAGGUAAUAGAGCCCACGUGGAUUUACUGUUCUUAAAAUUCGAAGAAGAUUCUAAUGUGGAUAUUCACGAGUUAGAUAUACCAGUUAAUGCGGUAGCCACUGCUUUGAAGGACUUUGUUUCGAAGCGUCUGCCUCCACUUUUCGACGAAAAAGCGGUCCAAGAGUUAAACGAGGAGAUAACCGGCACCAGAAUGAAACCCAUGGUUACAACAACCGGGAACAUGGAGGGAAGAGGUGACAAGAGCUGUCGCCUAUACAGAUUAAAACAAACCUUAGAAAGAUUACCUGCCAUUAACUUUGCCAUAUUGAAAUUUAUGUUCCAACACUUUGUAAAAAUCACCGAAAACGCCAAGCUGAACAGUAUGGAUUCGAAAAAUAUGGCGAUAUGCUGGUGGCCCACCUUAUUGCCUAUAGAGUUCAGCGAUAUGGGACGGUUCGAGCAGAUGCGCCCUUAUUUGGAAGACAUCGUCCAAACAAUGAUCGAUCAACAUCCGUUCUUGUUUUGCGGUAAAGAUGCUUUGGUGAUGGUUUAACUUUUUCAUGGAAAUUUAAGCGGAGACUAACAGAUAUUUUUUGACGCGCCCGUACGUAGAUUUUUAUACCCAGUGAGAAGGAAUAUUUUUUACGCUGUGAUGGAGAGAGUUUGAGGGACAAAAAAUUAAUUAAUAUCAACGCACAACUUGCUUCGACAAGGUUCGGUAUAGGCCGAUAGUCGGCCUCUUUGUUACAAUUUUUAUUGGCCGCCUUAAUAUGGCACAGUUAAGUAGAGUUCCCUAACUUAGGCAGCUUCGACUUAUAAUAAUAUCGUCUUUGUAUUUUUGCAUUUACAUGAUAAGCAAAAAACCUGCUCUCUGGUGUGUGGGAGGGAGGGAUUCUCGUAGACCGUAGAUUAAUAAAUGUUGUAUCUUUCAAAAUGUCAACGAGCAAGGCCCCGCGUGGCCUCUGUCCAUUUUUCGUAUAAUUAUAUAUGUCCUUGUAUGUAAUUUUAAACAAAAAAAAGAAAAAUAUUAAACUUGUGUGGUUCCAUGUUACGAAAAGUACCCAAAAAGCUUUAAAGUUUUUAAAAUAUAAACGUAGAUGUAAUUUAAUAUUGUACGCGAUCCCGAGGUGUUUUUUAGUAGAUAUUGUCGGUGUUCUGUGGAGUUUUUUAGCUUCUCGUGGUCGACUGAUUUGACGCACUGUGUUUCUCUGUAUUUGAAUGUGGAUAUACAUGGGGUUCCCUCUUGUUUUGAUAAUCGAGUGCAAUGGUCUAAAAACGCGUAUUUUAUAGAAAUAAUUAAGCUUUACUUAUUGUGCCAUACAAAGUAUUUCAAUUACCCUGAAACAAAGUGCAUUAAAUAUAGACAUACAUUUGAAAACAUUACAUAAGACAAUAAAUGUGAUAUGACCCUCUUCUUGUAAUACUAUGUUGCCAUUUAAAUCAACUGGGUGUUAAAAAAACGAAAAUUUUAUAAUUGCACACUGUUUUUUUUUUUUUAAUGGAUUUUUUGCAUUAUAUUAAUGCUGGCCAAAAGAUUAGUGGGGAAAAAAGUAAGGCCUAAAAGUAAAAGGCUGAGUUAGGUUUUUAACAGUAUUAAGUUAUAUUAAAUUAGUCGCAUAGAGCCAGCGAAAUAUUGUGCAAUUAAUUUUUUAAAUAUUUAGCUUGGAGUGCCAAGUAAAGUCUAAUAAUAUGUAAUAGUAACAGAUCAAAUUGUGUUUUUUUUGUAACAAAAUGCUUUUGUGAUAUAUAUCAGAUAGCUCAUG